UUUAAGGUCGACAUAACCUGCAGACUGGUGAUAGAUAUCAUGAUAAUUCAACCAAUAAAAACAAGCAUGUUAGAUUUUUUUCUUAAUAAACUGUGACCAUCGUUAAUACAAGUGUCCAAAUUUAAAUUCUCAAAUUGGAAAAUGAUCUUGAAGAAUUUUAUGUCGUGAAUGUAAAGGAUUACUUAAAAAUGAAUUCAAUCUAUAUUUGAAGAUACUUCAUGAAAUCAGAUGAAGAAUUGAUUCGGUUCCUUCACGAUUAUGAUAAAUGAUAAGCAAAAUGCCGCAUCCUUGCGUAGUAUGUGGUCGUUCUCGUAUGAACCCCAACAAUCGGGAAGAAGAAUACAUGUUCUUCGGCUUUCCAGUGAAUUACGACACCCGUUGCCGUGAGUGGCUUGAAUUUUGCUGUCGGGAGGACCUCUAUAAACUUACCAAAAAGCAGCUGCUCCAGCGUAUGGUAUGUUCCAAGCAUUUCGAAAGAAAAUACUUCCUGAAUGAGUAUUUCGAUAGAUUGAACUGCACAGCAGUGCCCACCAUCUACGAUCCCAAGCAAAGUCUUUAUAACAUCAUAUGUGUCCUCUGCGGAAGAUAUCGCACCGAUCCAGCAGGACCUAACUAUGAUGGUACGACAUUCCACCACUUUCCAGGAGAAGAAUUCAGAUGUCUUAAGUGGUUGGAUUUUGUCGGUGUUGAUUCUUACUAUCGCCUUACGAGAAAGGAAAUCCUCUACUGCUAUAUUUGUUCCAAUCACUUCGAUAAGUCUCAGUUCAUGCCUGGAUACCGAAACAGACUCGUAGACCAUGCAAUACCAAACAUCAAACAUCCAGACGAUUUAACCGAUGAUGACAAGUAUGCAAUGGAAAUUGAAGUAGAUCAAAAAUAUUUCCGUCAACCUGACAAACCCAAGAAGCUCGAUCCUCUGCCUCCGUCUGUUCUCGAGAGUCAGGCGUGCGCUGCCUGUGGCCGCUCUCGGGCUGAUCCUCGGAAUAAAAUAGAAAAAUACAAAUUCCAUCCCUUUCCUGCAUACGAGAUUGGAAGAUGCUUAAGGUGGUGUCAAUUUCUUGGGAGAGAAGAUCUUCUCAAAAUGUCACCCAAUCAAAUUCGCAAACUUGUUCUUUGUUCUAAACACUUUCUUGCUGGGCAAUCGUUUCAGAAAGUGGGACCCUGCGAUGCUGUUCCAACGAUUAAAGCUGUUGACCAGAGUAAAAAAGUUUCUGAAACCAUUAUUACAGAAUCAAUGUCCGACGUUUUCGAAAAUGUACAUUUAUUUUCGACAAAUGUAACUGAAAAAUUGGGGCAAGGUAUGGAAGGGCGACCUCUAGUUUCCAGCAAAAAACCUUUCGUGAUGAACAAACCUGCACCUUUGGCGAAGAAGAGAGGGAAGCAGAAGCGUCCAACUUCCAUCAACAUCCCCAAACCCCCGCCCUUGAACGACACCAGAAUCCUAAGGAAACUUCCCCUUCCUCCAGCCUCCAACAACUGGAAACUCUUCCCUAAUCAGUUUCAACCUAUCACAAUCGCUAACAACAUUACUCCAAUCACUAAUAUUUCCACGGAUGCUAAGAAAGUUAUUCUUCCCUUUCCUGGGAACAUCUCGAGCCUGGGACAGCCCAUUCCAGUUUCCAGUUUAUCGAGUAUUCCACCAGGUCUCCUGAUCAAGAUUAACCUUCCCCAACAAGAGAAGAAGCUUACGAAAAAGGGGCGACCUUCAAAGAAGAAUGAGGGAUAUUGUAAUCAACAGAUGGAAAGCAGGGCGGAGAGAAAGCAGAAAACGCGAGCAAGGAAUCGUGUAUCUGAAAAUGUCCAAGAGUUUCAGGUAUCCAAUGUCGAGGAAGUUCACGAUUUUAUGGAGAAUCGUAAGGAUCAUGAGGAUUUUGCGGAGCUAUUGAAAUUCUCAGAGAAAAUUAGUGUUCAUAAACAGCAGGUCAUGGAGGAUCAUUGUGCGAUCGAGGCGAUUGGCGAAGAGCACGAGGAAAUAGAGGCUCUUGAUGAAGAAAUAGAGGAGACGAUGGAGGACUACAUGGGGGAGAUGGAGUACGAGGAGGAGAAAGAAUGUUUGCAGAUAAUUAGUGAGGAGAUGAAAGCCACUUUAAUAAAGGAAGAGAAUCAAGAUAAUCAUGUUGAUGUUGAUGAACAUGUUAAUGACAGAUUAAAGGAGAAUUUCGGUGGUCAUGUUAGUGAGAGUGGUGGGGAGAUUGUAGUGAGAAGGAAGAAGAGAGUGAAGAGGAUGAGUGCAAGGACCAGGAGGACAUUAAUACCUAUCAGAAGAGAAGUGGGGGGGUUUUUAAAAAAACUGAAGCCAUUCAUGCACAGACUACCGAAAAAGGCUAGAGCCCAGUUGAAGCUAUCAAUCGUCACUAUGGUGAUUGAUCAUCUGUGAGGAUCGAACUUUAGAGAAGAUCGAAGCAUUAUAUUUUUCAUACUAUGAAAGCAUUCAUUGGAUUGUGUUUGAGAAUUUUAGUCGUGGUUUUUAGGCAUCUUAAAGUUUGGGUACCAUAUCUAUGUUGUAAUUUUACAAUUUCGAGGAUUUUUAUAAAAUGUAUGUGAAUAAAGACAAGCUGCAGGUGAGUUGGCAAGGAACUGAAGAGAGUAGCAAGUUAUGGGGACAGUAAUAGACGUCUUAUAGACGACUUCUAUAAUUUAAUAAUUUGGAAAUAAAAUAAAAAUAGGAAAUGA